AGUUUCAUUUAGCACCAUGAAAUUUGGUGUUCAUGUCUAAUAUGAGUAGACCCGUAAAAAAAGUCUCUAGAAGCCAAGGCACAGAAAGUCCACCAUUCUGAUUGAUCGUGGCAAUUGCUGUCACAUUAUGGCCAUAAUCUUACUUCAAAAAAGGACUUUAUGUUGACCAGCUUGUUAGUUAAUCAUUGUCAAAAGGGUUAUUUCCGUUAUUUCUAGGGUUCCUUUAAAGAACGACUACUCCAAUAGUUUUUUGUCUGAUGGCUACCAAAUUUGAACCUCAUAUACUAGACAGAUGGAUGACUAGACAUUUUCAUUUUAUGCAUUGCAUGUGGGCGGAGCAAAGUUUAAUGAGUUGCUGUGAAACACGAAGCACCAGUGUGUGCGAAUGACACCAAAUCCGGCACACACGUCGUACGGGAAUAAUUGUUUAUCGUAAAUAUCUAGGGGGGCAAGUGGAAUGCAUUGCAUACAGUUUGUGGUAAUGGGAUGCGUGACACAUAUACUUUUUACCUGUGACGCCCACCACGAUCAAAUGUCGUCAGUUAAUAAGCUUAAUUUCCCAGAAAGGGCCGUGUCUGGUCAUCCAGUCAUCACAGUGGGAAGAUCGCCGAGCCUAAAGGGAGGAGAGGGAGGAGGGGGAACCACACACACACACACACACGCGCACGCACCGAGAGAACCCAGAAGGGAGCGCACCCAUCAGACGGAGAACUUCUGAAAAAUCCCAGCAAAGGGAAGCAUAGGACUUUCAAAUUGGAGACAUGAAUGUUCCACACAUGAGACAACUUGCACUUCUUUGUUUGAUCUGCUGCAGAUUUUGGAGCACCACAGAUGCAAGUCAUUUCCAGAGAUUGGAAGAUGGACUUGUGUUCAGAACGGUCCGAGAAGAUGAACCCGCUCAGCUCUCAUGGAGAGACGACAACGAGCAGCAAGUCCAGAAUAUUUUCAAAAGAUUCCUGUUUCAUUAUUCAAAAGCAAGGACCUCUGCUGACCCGGAGGAGAACAUGUCCAACUCUGUGCACCCUCUGAUGCGACUUUCGCCCAAACUGUCUCAGCGGAGGAAGAAGACGGUGGUACUUCUGAAUAUUUGAGAUUGGUCGCCACGAGACCAUGCUUGAGAAAACAAAAAAAAACACACGGGAGGAGUCUCCUCCACCUGGAUGUCAGGGUGUGUUCAGGGUGGAAGGACGGCACGCUUGAUUCUUGUGAACGUGACUCAGAAGUGUUGUUAACGUGUUGCACAUUAAAUAAUCGCACUAUGACUAAACUUGGCUUUCAUUUGAUCAAAAAGUCUUAUACGCAUGGUUCAUUGUGCGCAUAAUUGUUUCCCUGGUAAGGGUUUGGCCGGUUCAAAUUGGAUGUUUCCAUGGCGACAAGUUUAACAACCUGUCUUUUUUUCCCCAUUCGAGUG